GAUUGUACUGAAAAUUAACUGUUAGCAGGAGUUAUGUGACUGUGGGACGAGCGCUUCGGUGAAAAAAAGAAAGAAGUGGUAGUUGAUACCGCUUUAUUUUUUAUCCUUUCCAUUAUUAUUUUUUUCUUUGGCCGACGUAACCAUUUCUGGGAAUAUAGCUACAAUAAAAUAGAACACUUAAGCGACAAAAACACUUUAAGGUCCGGGCUAUUCAGAUGAGAUACCCCAAAGAUAAGAGACACUACAAUGCACCUCACCCGGCAAAGCAAGCAGGCAAUUGUUGGAAUUUUAAGAGCAGCCUGUGAUACAAAAGUGGGCAAUUGUUGGAAUUUUGAGAGCAGCCUGUGAUACAAAAGAAAUUGAAGCCUUUUUCCUUCAUCAGCAGGGAAGUCUAGGAUUCUCCCCAGUAUUUAGAAUUUGUCUUUGAGUGGAGAGGGAAGCAAGAGGACUACUGACAGAAUUUCUCAGUGCUCUGUUUCUGUUCUUCAUAUACCAGGUCAGAAACAAUCGGCAAGUCUCAAGUUGACAGCUUUGAUGUGGCACAGUGCUAAGACUAGACGAAGAUGACGGAAGAGGUGAUUGUCAUCGCCAAGUUUGAUUAUGUGGCACAGCAGGACCAGGAGCUGGACAUCAAGAAGAAUGAAAGACUGUGGCUACUGGAUGACUCUAAGUCCUGGUGGCGUGUGCGAAACUCAACCAAUAAAACAGGCUUUGUGCCAUCUAAUUACGUGGAACGCAAAAACAGUGCAAGAAAAGCCUCCAUUGUUAAGAAUUUAAAGGAUACCUUAGGAAUUGGUAAAGUGAAAAGGAAAACAAGCAUGAGGGAGACUGCUUCCAACGCUGACGCUGACUAUUUCUCGGACAAUGGUGAGAGACUGUAUGAUUUGAACAUGCCAGCCGUGGUGAAGUUCAGCUACGCAGCUGAGAGGGAGGACGAGCUGUCCUUGGUGAAAGGAACAAAAGUCAUUGUAAUGGAAAAGUGCAGUGAUGGCUGGUGGAGGGGCAGCUACAAUGGACAUGUGGGUUGGUUCCCUUCUAAUUAUGUGGUUGAGGACUCGGAUAACACCUUCUCAGAACCUGUCAGCUCACUGACUGAAAAACUAGCAGCAGUGGUUCAAAAUGCAGGAAACAGUCGUGUCUUGCACGUAGUGCAGGCACUUUACCCCUUCAGUUCCUCCAAUGAUGAGGAACUCAACUUUGAGAAGGGGGAGGUGAUGGAUGUUGUUGAGAAACCAGAAAAUGACCCUGAAUGGUGGAAGUGUCGUAAAAGCAAUGGCCAGGUGGGACUUGUUCCAAAGAACUAUGUGAAUGUAGUGCAGAACUCGACCAACAGUGCCGGGCCCCCAUUGCCAGAUUGUGACUACAUUCGCCCUGCAACUAGUGGAAAGUUUGCAGGCCGUCAGUGGUACUACGGCAAAGUGACAAGACAUCAAGCAGAAGUGGCGCUGAAUGAGAGAGGAGAUGAGGGGGAUUUCCUCAUCCGGGACAGCGAGUCCUCGCCAAAUGAUUUCUCCAUUUCCCUGAAAGCCCAAGGUAAGAACAAGCAUUUUAAGGUGCAGCUGAAAGAUGCCCUUUACUGCAUUGGACAGCGCAAAUUCAACUCAAUGGAUGAGCUGGUAGAGCAUUACAAAAAAGCCCCCAUCUUCACGAGUGAGCAUGGAGACAAACUUUACCUCGUCAAGGCCCUGUCCUGAUCAGAGCAUCAAAGGUUUGGACAGGACUGUCAGUUGGAGACCGGCAUGCAAGCUCAGCCAUCGGGUGACAAGGAAAUGCCAGCUGUUGCCAGCCAAGGUGACAUUCAUGCUGACUGCUUGACUCUUUCCAUUUGUCCUCGUGUUUCUACAUUUGCCACCCGUGCUGUAUUUAUGAAGCUAUACUGGAUAUACUUCUUAUUGUUUUCAUAGAUUUGAUAAAUUCUGCAUUUAUGUUCUGGAAGAUCAAAACUGUAAUAAAUGUCUUGAAGCUGACUAGAAAGCUUGAUUUUUACUUGGACGCUCUCUCUGCCUGACUUUUCAGAUGGCUACUUGCAGAACACCCUGUGUGCUGCUACUGCUGCUGCUUAAUUUUUCAGGAUUACCAUAGGCUUUUCACUGAAGAAAAAAAAUAAAUAAAUAAGGCACACUAAAAUGACACACUGAUUCACUGGUGCUGGGAGGGAUUGGGCUUCAUUUUGUUCUGCUGACCUCUCGUCACUUGUUUAUUGAAAACAAGCCUCUGAGAAGAUAAAUUAGUCUUUUUAAGGAGAGCGGGCGACAGCAGCCCGCAUCAAAGCACAGAGCAGCUGUUAUCUGUUACUGUCCCAACAUUUAUUCAUUUCCUCCGUCUCAACUCGGCUUUUGAGCAGACUGGAUCAAUAGCCAAGGGCUGCAGGCGUCACCUCAUUUCAGCCUUCCUCUGAGGCAGGCUUUAACAGAGGAAGUGAAUUUGGCCGCCUUUCUUUUUUAUAGCAGAGUGUGACAGGAAGAGUAGGAGGCGAGGAUGCAGUCACCUUCCUCAGUGACAGAUUGGAGAAGUACAGAGAGGAGUGAAAUUACCACAGUAUACAUACACAGGGUCUUUUCAGUUCUGUCCCAAGAAAUCCCCGUAUUUCAUCGUUCAGUGUGUUUCUAGUUUAAUGUUAUUGCUAUCGUUCACAACCCAAAUGUUUGCUUCUGUGCAGUCUGAAGGAAAUGCAAGAUUGCAGUUCCACGUGAAUAUUUCACAUAAUGCUUAAAACGAUGUGAUUUACAAAUGGUUCCUUUUAUGUGUGUUGUUUGUUUUUGUAUGUUUUGUCUCUUGGUUCCUCUUACUGUAAUAAGUGCUUGACUUGUGGCAUGCUUUACGGGGAGUCAGUACAAAUGACAGUACUGCACAGAUCCUGGCCUAAUGGGUAAUUUAUUUUUCUUUCCAACUUCCUUUACAGCAUGCUUUGCCAGAAAUCGGAGCCAGUGAAGCCUCAGCACAGUCACUGACUUUGUCAUUUCCCUCUUUUGCCUCUGUAUGUUCCUGGCUGCUGUUGAUCCACCAAGCUGGGUUGUAGCAUUUCUAGUACAGAGGCUCGUGUCCAUAUGCAUCAUGCAUGAAACAUCGAAAUCUUCUCAAGUGCCAUACGUUGGUUAGCCUCUUUCGUAAGUCUCGGACACUUUGAUAUCAGUGGGCUGUGAUGCUGGCACUGUAGCUCAUGCUUUCUUCUGUCCCUUCACCCCACACCUACUUGCAGCUGCUUCAUAGAUUAGGAUUCAUAUGUGAAGCUCAUCUUUGAAACAUUUUUCGGAUCAGUUCGUUCAGUGUCACGGCAUUUAAUGGUGACCCACAUGUUUUUAAAACCAGAUAGAGAAAAAAAGUAGUCUUCAAAAAUAGACACGCCAAGGGAGAGGUGUGAAAUCUUCCAAGGUCUGUUUUUUCCUGGAAUGUUAGCGCAUUUCCUUUCAUUUUGGCAGGAGGCCUCAGAUGGUGUCAAGUUUAGAGAGUUUUUUAAAAAAUUUUUUGGAUUCCAAAAAGCAACUUCUAUUUGAGGAAAUAUCCAUCCAUCCAUCCAUUUUCCAACCCGCUGAAUCCGAACACAGGGUCACGGGGGUCUGCUGGAGCCAAUCCCAGCCAACACAGGGCACAAGGCAGGAAACAAUCCCGGGCAGGGUGCCAACCCACCACAGGACACACACAAACACAUCCACACACACCAAGCACACACUAGGGCCAAUUUAGAAUCGCCAAUCCACCUAACCUGCAUGUCUUUGGACUGUGGGAGGAAACAUGGAGCGCCCGGAGGAAACCCACGCAGACACAGGGAGAACAUGCAAACUCCACGCAGGGAGGACCCAGGAAUCGAACCCAGGUCUCCCAACUGCGAGGCAGCAGCGCUACCCACUGCGCCACCGUGCCGCCCUUGAGGAAAUAUAGUUUAAGAUAUCAGGGCUCUAAAAUGACACAGAGCUUUGGUUUAUCACAUGUUAAUUGUGGAUACAAGAAAGUGAAUUUAAAGUGUGAUCCCAGUUUGAAGACUGUGUUAACCAGACUGGUUGGUUUGAAAAGUUUCUUUUGGUCACCCCAAAUUAAGUAUGGGAGCCACUUAUCCAUCCUGAAUCAGGCGUAAUGCUGUGUCCUCAGACCAAGAGUACCUUUUUGAAAAUGGUUUGGUGUAAAAUGGAAGUUGGGUUUAAUUGUGAGCCUUUGUUGGAGGUCCUUGCACACAGCAGCUGGUUCUCUGUUGUGACCUGUAAUGGUGACUGAGGGAUUUUGAUUCAAGGAGAAGGGCAGGAGAAAGUUGUGUAGAAAGUGGAAAUUGAUCAGUGAGAUGUGAAAAAAAAAAUUAAAUUAAAAGUAUAGGUACAAAGCCGAGUUUGUAUUGGGAUCUUGCAUAAAAAAGACUUUCACGAGACCACUUUGGCAAUGCUCUUGUGCCUUAGCUGCUGCCAAAUUAAACCAAAGGACCGACCAGCGUGAUGACAAGGAGCUUCUCGUUCCCUGCCCAUGCACUCUGGCCAAAAUGUUUGCUCUGCUAUUAUCUUUCAGUUUUUUGUUAUAUAAACUUUGACAUAUUUAAAUUAUUGAGCACGUUUAAGCUCCUAGCUCUUUAUCAUUAUAGUGACUGUUCAUCCUUGUUUUAGAGGUCGAUCUAUUUUGUGUUUCUUUAUCCUUACUUAGAAAUAUGGAAGUCCAAUAAUGUUCAUGUUUAGGAUCAAGUGGCUCUUUCCCCCGUCCCCCCUAAUAUUUCAUGCUUCAUGUGUGAUUUCCAUCUAAAAUAGGGGACUACAUAUAUUAUUUAUAUAGCAGAAAGACUUUUUUCCUCGUUUUCGUGCUUUACAUUAUUUGCCACACAUUCCAGCUCAAGAAUGAACUGUGUCACCUGCUGAGGUUUACCAAAUGGAGCCAGCGCAAGUCACACAGCCCUUGGGGGGGUCUGUCAGGGCGAAGGGGGAAUGUGUGUGGCUUUCUGAGGAGCUGCGGCACCAACUCACAACUUAAUAAAUUCAAAGGUGUUGACUUUUGACCACCAAAGGGUGCUUUGUCCAUAUGCGUAUCAAAAUGGCCUCUUGUGAAUUGUGUGUGUCCUUUAUCAUUUAAGACUCUUAGUCAUUAUUUAUAUAAAUCAGAGAUAUCUUUCUGCAGAUUUAUAGGAUUUUUGUUACUGAAAAUAUACGUUAUUUAGUGCAUUUUAAUAAGUAUAAUUUAUUUGCAAAUUUAAAAUAUAUAUUAUCUGCAGACGAAUUUAUACAUGGUCAAAAGCAAUGCUGAGCGUUCUUUUCAAGGUAUUCAGUCCAUCAAUAGGUCUUUCACAUUUGUCAAGUGUAUGGAGUGGGAGAGUUGGGCAAACUGAGCGAACAUCCUUAACAUGACUGGUGAACAAAAGUAAAAAAACAAAACAAAUGGCAGAAAACCGGUUCUUGAGCAAUGGAAAGGAAUGGCCUGUACUGUGAAAUUACUGCAUUGUAUUCUUGUUGUUAAGGGGAAUAACUACUCUUGUGAUAUUUUUCUACAAAAAAAAGUUUUAAUUCGUCUUUUUAAAUCAUAAUAAAACAUUAACUAUUUA